AUGGUAGACGAGAAUACCACGUCGAACUCUUCCGGGAGACCCGCUGCCGGUGUAAGCUCCGGCUUCAGCGCCCCGCCCUCCGGUCAUGGGCUUCGGCGUUCCAUGACCGUGUCAGUCGCCGAGGAAGCUGCAUCUGCAUCUCGACGUCAACCCCCGGCAUCGCCCAGCUUCGAUUCGAUCCCCCUUCGCCGCAGUUCAAAUUUUUCCGAGUACAGCCUCAAUGAAGCUCGAGAUUUCCUAAACCCCCAACCGCGAGAUCCUAGUAAUGGCGAUUCAUCUUUGACAGAGGAAUCAUCGUCUUUACCGUCGCUGUCUUUGGCUUUUGCUUUCCUACCAGCUAUUUCUGGUCUUCUCUUUAAGAAUGGCAGUGCGGUCGUGACAGAUUUCAUGCUCCUGGGCCUGGCUGGUGUUUUUCUCAACUGGUCCGUAACGCAGCCAUGGACUUGGUAUCACUCAGCGCAGCAAGUUCGGAUACAGCACGAAGUGGUAGCGGACAGUGUCAUUGACGAUGACAGUGACCUUGGCUCCAGCACUCAUGGUCCGGGGCCCAACUCAACUCUUGACCAUGUUCCAGAAGAUGAAGAAGUGCAUACCGAACCGACGGAGGAAACACAUGAGAGAGAGUCGAGUAAGCAGCAGCGAGAUGCCCUCGCGGAAUUAUACUUCUACGAAAUCACGGCUCUAGCCUCAUGCUUUCUCCUCCCACUCCUUGGCGCAUACCUUCUGCACGCCAUUCGAUCACAACUAAGCCGACCUUCGGAAGGCCUUGUUUCCAACUACAACCUGACGAUUUUCCUUCUCAUGGCUGAGUUUCGUGUCUUAUCGCACAUGAUAAAAUUGGUCCAGUCGCGAACGCUCCACUUGCAGCGGGUGGUACAAGGAGGGCCCUCCAAAUUUCAGCAGGUCAAUAAGAAUACAGAACAACUAGAGGCCGUCCUUGCGCGCCUAGAACGUUUGGAAUCUCGCGCCACUAACGACGAAACGGGUACCGUCCAAGAUAUCAAACAGGAGAUCAGCAAGACGAAGCAGAAGGACAGCGUCGUGGCACGCGACGUUCGUAAUGCUAUUCAGCCUGAGCUCGACGCACUCAACAGGGCUGUACGCCGUUACGAAAAGAAGGCCACACUUCUCCAGAUCCAGACAGAGUCGCGAUUUUCAGGGGUGGAAGCAAGACUGGAUGAUGCUAUCGCCCUUGCUGCAAGUGCUGCAAAGAAUAGUGCGUCACACAAGAACUUAUUUGUAUGGGCCGUGGAAUCGCUCACCGCCGUCUUCCUCCUUCCAUUCAGAACACUUUUACGAAUAAUGCUCCUUCCUCUGAGUACACUUUUGGCAUUGAUGAGCAAGGGAAAGAAGAGGAACUCUCCGCCAGUCAAGUCGUCGCGCAGCAAUCGUAAUGGCAAGACAGUUGCACAGCCCAAAUAUAAUGGUGAUCGUGUUCCAUCCAGAGUGGCUAAACGAUGA